AGAAAUAACAUCACAAUCGCCACCAUUCUACUCGCCACCAGAAUCAUCUUCAUCCGCAUUUGCAACUGGCCAGCGAGAAGAAUUAAUGGAAGCCGAGUUGAUUGCGGUUUGAUAUCAUUUCAAUCAUUAUCAUCAUCGACCACCAAGAUAAUCUGUGAUUUCUUGGAUAAACCUCAAACAGUUUCGUCGUUAUUUUGGGCGAAUACAUUUGACAGAGGCUUUAAGCCAAUUCAUCGCUUGUGUUCAACUGAGGUCGGUCAUCAUCACCACCGCAUUGAAUCGACGACAACUACAAACAGGAGGAGUCGUCCACAAUUGUCGUCGUCGUCGUCGUUGUCGUCGCCGCCUUCCUCGCCACCACAUUUUGAAAAGUUUUCAAAUCUAAGAGAUUUUUACAAGAAACACGAUUACGGUUGGCUUGCCUACGCAUCUGAAAGCAGUGGAGAAGACAGCGAGUUAAGUACUACACAACAUAGUAACGGAGAAUUUGGCGUCGGCUCCAUCACGAACUCUAGAAAAAAACGUGUUUUGACUGCCAGUAGCACUGCGCGUCGCACCACCAACCAACAACCAAAUACCACCACCAUAAACAACCUCCUCCCAUUAAGUAACAGAAACAACCGCAACCGCCGCCGAAGCACCAGUCUCGAUUCACUAGAAACGAUGACAUUACCGAGCGCUGCACGCGUUUACACUGACGUAAAUGCACACAAACCGGACGAAUACUGGGACUAUGAGAAUUAUGUCGUUGACUGGGCCAACCAGGACGACUAUCAAUUGGUCCGUAAACUGGGACGUGGCAAAUACAGUGAAGUCUUCGAAGCAAUUAACAUAACAAACAGCGAGAAAUGCGUCGUGAAAAUUCUCAAGCCUGUCAAAAAGAAGAAAAUCAAGCGUGAAAUUAAAAUUCUAGAGAAUUUACGUGGCGGCACCAAUAUCAUUACUCUAUUGGCCGUUGUCAAGGAUCCCGUCUCCCGUACGCCAGCUCUGAUCUUUGAACAUGUCAACAAUACAGACUUUAAGCAACUGUACCAGACUCUGACCGACUAUGAGAUACGUUACUAUCUCUUUGAGCUGCUCAAGGCGCUGGAUUAUUGUCACAGCAUGGGCAUUAUGCAUCGCGAUGUUAAGCCUCACAAUGUUAUGAUUGAUCAUGAGAAUCGCAAAUUGCGUCUAAUCGAUUGGGGUUUGGCGGAAUUCUAUCAUCCCGGACAAGAGUACAAUGUCCGUGUGGCUUCACGUUAUUUCAAAGGCCCAGAGCUAUUGGUGGAUUAUCAGAUGUACGACUAUUCGCUGGACAUGUGGUCGUUGGGCUGUAUGCUGGCAUCGAUGAUAUUCCGUAAGGAGCCAUUCUUCCAUGGACACGAUAAUUAUGAUCAGCUAGUGCGUAUAGCUAGGGUGCUGGGCACCGAAGAACUGUAUGCCUAUUUAGAUAAAUAUAAUAUCGAGCUGGAUCCGCGAUUCCACGAUAUAUUGCAGAGGCAUUCGCGCAAGCGAUGGGAGCGAUUUGUGCAUUCGGACAAUCAGCAUUUGGUAUCGCCCGAAGCUUUGGAUUUUCUCGAUAAAUUGCUGCGCUAUGAUCAUGUUGAGCGGCUGACAGCUCGCGAAGCUAUGGCACAUCCAUACUUUUUGCCAAUUAUAAAUGGACAAAUGACUUUGCAUAAUUCAUCAUCGAAAGCGAGUAGCCAACAAUAGGAGAGAUCAGAAAAAAAAGAUGGGGAACAACAACAGAAGAGUGUCGUAGUAGUUGGUGAGGAAUCAAUAAUUAUUAAAAACGAAGAAGAAGAAAAAGAUGAGGAAGCAGUUGUAUUAGAACAACCAGAAAAACAACAAACAACAACACCACCAGCUGAUAAGGAGGAGGAGGAGGAGGGGGAAACUAUGAUGGAUGAAAGUUUGAUAAGUGCUAUAAAAAGCAGUUAGUCAACCGCAAAUAUAUAAUACAAAAUUAAACAAAAAAGCACACAUUAUUACCACCACAACCAACCAACAUCUCAAUAAAAACAACAACAACAACAGCUAAAAUAGUUGCUCUCUCUCUCUCUCUCUCUUACUUUCUUUCUCUCUUCCACCACAAGAAUCCAUUCUCAAUUUUUCAAAAAUCUGCUUCGAAGGAAAUUGAAAACAAAAAAUAAACAAAAAAACACAUAAAAUAUAUAAAUACUAUUAUUUACGGCAAAGAAACAAAAAUAAAAAAACAAAACUUAAAAUUUGAAAGUUUUAAUAAGAAACAAAAAUAAAAUUAAAAUUAAAAAAAAAAAACCAACAGAAAUAAAAACUAGAAACAAUAAAUUUGUACAUUUUCUCCUCUA